GUGAAUUGAUUGUGUAGCGAUUUCUGAGUGUUUGAGUGGAUUGCAAAUCGCUGCAUCUCUUGCUGUUUAACACUUCUAUUAACUGUCUCUGAAAGGGAAAAUGACUGACGUUACUGAUCAGGGUGUGGGAGAGGUAGAAGUAGUAGCCAAGGAUGAAGGGAAACCUUCACCCUCUACUACUACUCCUCCUCUCACCCCUGCUCAACGACGCAAGAGGGAAAUUGAGGCAAAGCUGCGAGAGCAACAGGCGCUGCUCGCAGAGGCUGAGAGACAGGAGGCAGCUAAAUUGGAAGCUGCAACAGAUGCCUCCAGAGAGGAGUUUCUGCUGCAGAAAGCAGAGAAGGCUGUUGCAGAUGAGAGAGUGGCCCAGAUAACCAGGUACUUGGCUGAGUUGGUGAUCCUGCAGAACAAGAUCACCACCAGUCACUUUACUAAUUGGGAUGAUCGCAUUCAGUGUCUAGAGACCAGGAUGGAUGACCUGGCAGCUCAGCAGAACAAGAUUCUGGAUUCUAUUCAGAAUCUGACUGCUCAGCUGACAGCCGCCAACCUGAUCUCAGUUGCGCCACCCUCUCUUAAGCCCAAGCAGUCUUCCCCUCAUCCUUCACCUCCUCCCUCUCCUCAUAGUUCUCGUCAGUCAUCUCCCUCUACCUCCUCCCACUCUAAAGUCACACCUCCUCCCACUUAUGCUGUUGUUACUGCAGGGGAUCAGAGAGGACCCAAGAUCCCCGCACCCAGCAAGUUCAGGGGCGAUGACCCCAAAACUGAUGUUGGGGAUUGGGCUGCAGGAACCCGGGCCUAUCUGAAGGGUUUCGUGUGCCUUGAACAGCAGAAAGAGGCCACGAUUGUGGGACUGCUGGAGGGCCUAGCCCAGAAAUGGGCUGCGUCAAUAGCCAGCGGUCUGCAGCAAUCAUUGGAGGACUGGGCUUCAGAUUUGGGACUGGGGAAACUUCUGCAGGCCCUGGAGGAACGCUUUGCAGACAAGGAGAGAGCACGCAAGGCUGCUGACAAGAUCACACGUCUUGGGCAGCAGCGUUACAGCGGCACUCUGCAGUCCUUGUUUGCAAAGUUUGAGCAACUCACCUCCACCCCUCGUCUGGUCAUGUCUGAUGAUGAUCUACUAACCAACUUCUGCAGGGCUGUGCCUGAGAAGUUUUCUAUUGCAUUGUACAACGCAGGGCACAAAGACUGGAGAUCUUUCGGCCGCGCAGCACUGGAUAUGGAGUGGCUGAAAGCAGUCAACCCAAGGAUCGACUGGCAGAUCCCCAAGGUUGAGCUGCCUGACAGCAAGGGGGUGUAUCAGCCAUGCAUGAUUGCUGUUGAACACCACCCUAAGACUUCAUGCUUCUGCUUGAGAGCGAGGGAGUUCUAUGCUCUCUCCCGCCAGUAUGACCAUGAGCGUCUGUUUCUAGCUCUGGGCAAGCAGACAGACGCUCCCACAGUUUCCUGCCAUCCUGAGAUACAGCAGGUGGUUGACCAGUACGCCGAUCAGAUGAAGGAGCUCUUUGGACUACCCAACCGGCCAACCAAGCAUCACAUUGAGCUGCUGCCUGGAGCGGUUCCCCCUAAGGGCCGCGUCUACAGGAUGUCUCCUGUUGAGCUUGAGGAGCUCAGACGACAGCUUGAGACCCUGACCAGCAAGGGCUGGAUCAGACCCAGCACUUCUGAAUUCGGCGCACGAGUUCUCUUUGUACCCAAAGGGAAUUGUGAGUUCAGAAUGUGCAUCGAUUACAGGGGUCUCAACAAGAUCAUUAGGAAGAGUACUAAGCCACUUCCUAGGAUCGAUGACCUUCUGGAUAUGGUGCAGGGCUGCACAGUAUUCAGCAAAGUCGAUCUCAAAUCUGGCUAUCACCAGAUUGAGAUGGCAAAGGAGGAUGUCUACAAGACAACCUUCAAGACCAGGUAUGGUACUUACGAGUUCCUGGUCAUGCCAUUCGGACUUUGCAAUGCACCUGGCACGUUCCAAACAGAGAUGCACCGCAUCUUCAAGCCUUACCUGGAUAAGUUUAUGGUUGUCUACCUGGAUGAUAUCCUGGUAUUCAGCAAAACUACUAGGGAACAUGCGGAGCACUUGACUCUUGUCCUUCAGUCGUUACAAAACCACCAGUAUAAGAUUAACAGAGAGAAGUCCUUUUUUGGAGUCCCCUCUGUUAUUUAUCUGGGUCACGUAAUCUCUGGAGAUGGACUCGCUCCUGAAGAAGCCAAGAUAGCUGCUAUUCAGGAGUGGCCACAGCCUCAGACAGUGAGAGAUGUUCGGUCUUUCUUUGGUUUAGCCUCAUACUACAGGAAGUUUGUCAGGAACUUUUCUGCAGUGGCUGCACCCCUGACUAACCUCACAAAGAAAGACACUCCCUUUCUUUGGUCCCUUCACUGUCAGAUGACCUUUGCACGACUCAAACAGGCCUUGACUCGUGCCCCUGCAUUGAAGUUAUCUGACCCCACUUUGCCUUUUGUCCUGACUACUGACGCCAGUCAGUAUGGCAUUGGGGCAGUACUUCAACAGGAUGAUGGGAAUGGUCUACGGCCAGUAGAGUUCAUGAGUAAGAAGAUCAAGACUCAGAAGCUUCAGGACUCUACCUACGAGAAAGAGCUGUAUGCUCUUGUCAGUGCCUUAAAGCAUUGGAAGCACUUUCUCCUGGGAAGACAUUUCAAGAUCUUCUCUGAUCACUCCACUCUGCAGUGGAUGAAGUCCCAGGGAGAGUUGAAUGAUAAGCUGGCCCGUUACAUUCAAUUCAUUGACAUGUUUGACUUUGAACUGAAGCAUAAGAAGGGCUGCUACAACAAGGUAGCAGAUGCCCUCUCUCGUAGGCCUGACUCUUUUGCAUUGAUCUCCUCCACUCACUCCUUUGGAGAGGAGACUUGUCAGACCAUUGCUCGUCUACUGCCUCAGGACCCGACUUAUGGACCCAUAGUCAGGAAUCUGCAAGCAGAUCCCAACUCUGAACCAGGCUAUGUACUGAGUUCAGACUUGCUGUAUACCUACAGCAGAGGGGAGGAGCGCUUGUGCAUUCCUCAGGAUCAGCAGCUGAGGACACUGCUGAUGUCAGAGUGCCACGAUGCACGUAGACACUUUGGGUUCUUAAAGUCGUAUGCAGCCCUGUCGCAGCGCUUCUUCUGGAAGGAGAUGCAGAGUGAUAUGCUGCGCUAUGUGGAAACCUGUGAGCUCUGUCAGAGGAAUAAGGUUCAGCAUUUAGGCAAGACCACCCCUCGUGGCAUGCGUUUGGUUAUGGUCUGCGUGGACAGGUUCUCCAAAUACGCAGAGUUCAUCCCCUUGCCAGAGGUGGCUAGAGUUCCAGCUGUAAGAGCAGCCUUCUCUGAGAGGUGGGUCACUCACGAUGGACCGCCCACUUCUAAUGUUAGCGAUCGAGAUCCUAGAUUUUGCAGCGAUGAGUGGCAGUCCUACUGUAAGGACUAUUUGCACUCUCGAUUGGACAUGACUUCUGGUCGUCAUCCUGAAGCCAAUGGUCAGGCUGAAGUGAUGAACCAGAUAAUGGCUACUCACGACGAAGGCCACUCCGCUGGUGGCUCCUGUCCACUGGGGGAGCAACACCGUAGGGGAGGUCUCAGUGGGGAAGAACCAAGAGGUGCUCAACGCUUGUGGUGCGACUACAACAAGCGGAUCUGGUAUGUGGAUUGGGCCUGUCAGGACGCUUCCAAACCUUUGAAACCUCGAUGCGGGCCAGUCUUGUUCCUCGCCGGUCGCGGAAAUACGAUUCGUCUCGCAGGGUCCUUCCUCAAUUGGACUGAAGUCGGCGCUGACAUUCUUCGAAUUACUUUGCGGAAGCUUUACCGAAGCGAUGGGUCCGUCGACGAAGUAGGAGAGGGAUGCAAUGUCUCUGGGAAGAUGUUCGGGGGUUACGACCAGCGUGUGAUGGCUUUGCCCUUCUUUGUCCCAUUAGCGCCAGGCCACGACGAAGCCGUCCACGUGAAAGACCUCCUCGAGGUCUGGUCGCGUAGAGUCAGCCCUAGCGAUGGCAUGGACGUGGACCCUGGAACAUCGAUGAGAGGUCCUUUUGGGUUCGCGGGAGCAGACCCUGUGGGAGGCGAGCUCGGACUGCCACGUACGCCUCCUGAUCCGAAAAGGGUUGGAGGGGGGGACGAUAUGCCGAAAGACUCCUCGGCACAGCGAAGAACCGGUGAGUCUUCCGGGAAGAGGUCGAAGUCGGCGAAGGAGAAGAAAGGAGAUGAGGGCGAGACCGGGGAGGGGGACGAAGACGUGGAAGUAAACCUCAAUGUAUUUAACCUCGACAACGCCUUCUUCCUGGAGAUGAAGACGGGGGUGCAGAAGGACGUCGUGUUGCACAUCCAUCCCGAAAGAAUCUUGCAUAUUCCAGAUAGGGAAGAUGCGUACAACCACCGGUCCUUGGACGAGUUCCUCGUUGACACCAUCGCGGCGGCUAUGAUCGACUGCUACGAACGUCAAGACAUGAGAUAUACAAAGCCGACUUUCGUUCUGGCUCUGAUCGUCGUGCCACCGGAGAAGGACAAACCAGCUGUGCGUGUGCUGCCUCAAGACUUCAACGCGUCGCACCCCGAGAAGUACUGGUAUUAUCCUGUGUGUGGUCAGCAUAAUGCAAGGGCAGUGAUGAAGGUGAAAGACCAUGUGGUGUUCAAUUACUACACCUUCUAUGAAUGGCCAUGCAUACCAAUUUACUUCCCUGACGACGAGUUCGACGGCUACGCCCAUGUCAGCUGCGAAGACAACCUGAAAGACAAGAAGAAUCCACCGAGGUUGCAGAUUUUGUCCAUGCAGGACAUUCGUAAUAUCUGGAAAAUAAGGGGGAAACCGCAUGUCGUGCUCGACAAUGUGUCCAAGAAAAAGGAGGAGGUGCAUAGAUGGACUCAGUUCAUGGCCUUAGCAAUGAAGAAGACACCGUACACCCCUUUGUGGGGACUGUCAACGGAAGCAAAGAAGAAAAAGGACUGGGCCGAGAAACUUCAGUACUACCUUCCGCUGGCCAUGGCUGACGACUUGGUCUUCGAUUUGGCGGAGAAGUUCUACGAGGAAUGGUUGAAAAGAAAGCUUUUGGCUUCCGACAGCCAACGUUGGACCGAAAAGUCGCCGACCCACGAGGAGGUGGCCAAGCCUGGACUGUCGACUAUGACUGACAGCCAGGGACUGAAGAAACAUGUCUGGUACGUCAAGGUGGACGACCCGUCGUUGAGAAAAGGCAAGGGCAAGCCGAAGAAAGGUGGGGAGGAGAAAACUUACUACGUCCAAGUUCCCGAACCUGAUGUCCACUGCUGGAAGGAAUUGGCCGACUUGACGGACCGCGAGAAGAGGAGGUUGUUGAACGGCAUCUUGAACCUUAACGUCGUGUGGGUUCAAGGGAGUAACAAGAAGUUGGCCGAGCAGGGGAAGUUCAGUGUCAAGGAGAUGGUCGACAUAAUAAAAAUCGACCGGAUUAUGCUGAGGUUGUGGCACUACGUGGAGUUUGAGCACGAGGAAAUGGGAAAGGAGCAAUGGAAUGACGCGCUAAGAAAACUUGCACAUCAGUUACGCUCCCACACUUGCGUGCUCGACUUGAGCGGAACUGUGGAUCAGGCGCGUUGGGAUGCGGGAGCAUUCGCGUCUCUGAGUGAGUUCCUCGGCAUCGUUUGUCACGACUACUGGACAUUGGUGGUAUUCGUCCCGUGCCUGUGGAACCUCUCCUUCAUGGCAUCUUUGUCUGCGCUUCGGGCAACCCGAUGCUACACGGGGAAGUGGGUACGCAAGACACAAGUGAAGAAGACUCAUCAGUUUGGUAACAGCAUGUGGGAGAAGUCGAACGUAAUGCACAUCCUUUUCAAAGGUGAUGAUCCGUUGCUGCUGACUCAACCGGUGUACGAGGGAGCUGUUGCCGAAGAUGAUGCCGCCGCUCUUCGGAGGAAACAGAAAGUGACACCUAUGGAUGUCGUGGAGCACCCUUUCAAGUGUUUGUAUUUUGCCGAUAUUGGAAACCUCACCCAGCGGGGGACAAUGUACAAGGACUGGGAGAGGAAUCCUUUUCAGUUAUGCAGUCGUCUUCAUUUCUUCUGUGCUGCGGCGGAUGCGGUGCUGUUCCUGGGCAAGCCGCACGCUCAGGUGGUGUGGAAUCUGCUUCAGAGCGGAAGGCACGUCUUGGCGGUGGAGGGGGACUCGGCGCAACUGGAAUACACCGUGCAGUUUGUUGCCCAUGAAGUCACGUCCGAGGCUUACGAUUGUGAUUUCCACCAAGUCACCAUGGAGCCGGAAUAUGACCCGAAUAAGGACAUGUUCUUCAAGUUGACUCCGAAGAAAAGGCGCCAAGUCUACUCCUUUCUUUUCGGGAAUACACCGAAGUGGAGAGUAGACGAGGACUACGUGAGGCGAAAGGAAGUUUGCGUUGCUGGCCUCCAGGGCCACCACGGGGCGAGUGGGACCAACGCAGUGGACGUGCACGAUCCGGCCGACUUCACUUUGGACAAGUACAGGCUGGCAUUUGGCGAGGACGAUGACUUCAAUAUCGAGACCGAGAAGGAGGAGAGCGUUGAGGACGACCUCUUCGAUUUCGACGGCCAAUUAGCCAUCUUCAACGCCCAAGUCCUUUCCAAGUCGCCCUCUGUAUGCAAACCGCGGACACCGCUCAGUACACCCACCUCAGGCGGUCCCACACCUCUGUCCUCCGCAGGGUCUGUCAAGAGGGGUGGGUUAUCCCGUCUAACGAGUCCGCUGGGGGAGUCACUACGUAUCACACCGCUCCCCGGACGUCUACAACCCGGCCAACAAGUUCCUCCUGGCCAUCCGCAUCUGCUGCAUCCUACAAGGCCGUACCACUUGGGCGACAAGCACACCUUCUCAAAAGCCGAAGAUUGGGGCCAUGAUAUCGUGUGGCACCCUGACCAUUUCCAGCCAGUCCUCCUUAACAGUGAAUGGGCAGUGGCUGCGAGGAACGUCGCAGGCGGGUGGGAUUACGACGAUCGCUGGGACCUUGAUGUUUUCAAAGUUCGCGCUUACGAGGCAGUAGUGCAAAGAUUGGUUGAGGUCAAUGGGAAACACAAGGACGACCCUGCUCUCCGGUCAUACGCGGACACUUUGUUCGACUUUCUACAGACAAAUAAAUGGCUGGAAUGCUCCGCCCCGUUUUACAGCCUUCCGUCGAGCCCGUCUUUAAACAGCGUAAGUUGGCAGUUGCCUUCGAUCACGCCGAGGACUGAAGCUGUGAAGCGCAAGUCUCGCAGAAAAGACGACGAAGGGGAUGGUCAUGGUGGCGGUCGCCGCGGAUCCGGGGGGGGAAGUGAACCGCGCUCGUCGAAACGGCGGUCUCCGGAGCGCGAAGGCGGCGGAGAGGGAAGAAAGGGCAGCGGAGAGAAGAAAAAGCUCCACAGCGGAGAGAAAAGAAGGCCUCACAGCGGAGCGAAGAAAAAGCAUCACAGCGGAGACGGGCAGGGGUCCAACGUCGACGAGGAUGACGACGGUGCGACAUUGGCAGUAACAUGCAGCACCUCAAUCGAGACGGGAAAUGACUUCACGCCUGGGAAGUUUCCGCGGCCUGGCGAGCAGGACUCCGUAAUUAGCUCCACCUGUGCGACACAUAUUUCCGCCACAUGCCCUGCGAAGGUCCGGACACAAUUCGAGUCUUGUCUCGGAUUAAUCCGAUCCACGAAAACGACAUCAUUGUCCGGAACUCAGCGUCCCGUAGACAGCGAGACGACGACAUACCUUGGCUCCGACUGCGACAACCAGGAACCAUUCUCCGUUCCUCCGGAUGAGCAAACUCGGAUUAAUCCGAACCUGGAGGCCCUUUCCUUCAAGACAGGAAAAUCCGUCGACCCGAUAAGGAGUAAUCCGGAGCAGGAGGACGUGUCAACUACUACAGCCGAUUGGUGUAAGGAGACAGAGAUGUUGUGCACGGAAAACCCCAAUGAACUUCAGGGUGACCGUUCGUCAUUUGAAGUCGGAGGUCAAGACAAGGCCAUGAAGUCCCUUGAGAUUAUGACGUCUCCGAUCGUUGACGCCGACAUCUCAAACCUGUCAAGUUUCUCGGGAGGUCUGGAGCACGUCGUCGCGGCGUCGACGUGCACAGGGUUGCCAGUCAUGCUGGGACUACCGGCGGUGGACUUUGCUGACGUGGAACCUGAGCCUGGUCGACGGACUCCUGGAGAAACGCGCAUGUCGGAGGAGCAGGUUGCGCCCGCGAAGUUGUUUGUCUUGGUUGCUGGUGGCACUAGACGUGGCGAUGUCGCCUAUUCCUAUGAUGGGGACAAGAAGCCUCGAGGGCCACCCGUGCGGGUGGUCAUGCCCAUAGUAGGUCCUCGCGCGAAACUCGUUGCAGAGGCAGCGGGUGUCACUGAGAAGGACUGCAAGGCGAUCCUUCUCGAAGCAUGCAAGGAUAUAAAGAAGGACAAUGCUAGUUCAAGAUCAACUGUGUAUAGAAGAUCCAGAAGUAGGGGUGAUGUUAUGCGUGGAAUUUUUGGGCCGCAGAAUGGCAGAUCGUCGGACCCUGGUCCCUAGGGGGGCAUUUUCUCAUAGCCUCCGUCCUUUGUGCUUGCUGUGUGCUGUGGGUGUUUCUUGAACAGGGUUUCCUCGAGAUUGAAGAGCAGUCCUUGAAGACGUUAUCCGCUCUCGGUUGCCGCUCACUUUCUUCGCUGGGCGUUUGCCGUCACGCAAUUUACAGGUCUCGGUCAAGGACAUCGUCACACUCAUGGAUAAAUACGGGGAGCUCAACGAUGAGGUUGUCAAUUUCUACAUGGCGAUGAUACUGGACGAUUGCAGCAGGACUGCCUCUGCCACAAAGAC